AGUCAUUGAGAGCUAGUGAACAAUUCUGGGAAAGAUACUGAGGGAGAGAGAGGAAGAAAGAGGCAGAGAGAGAAGGGAAGGGAAGGAGAGAGAAAGGGAGGGGGCAAAAGAGGAAGGGGAGAGAGGGAGAGGGAGGAGGAGAGGGAGGGAUAGAUAGAGAGGGUUAGGAAGGGAGGGAGGGAGAGAGAGAGAGAGAGAGAGAGAGAGAGAGAGAGAGAGAGAGAGAGAGAGAGAGAGAGAGAGAGAGAGAGAGAGAGACACAGUGUGUGCCUAUGUGAUGAGCAAUAGCUGAGGACCUUACAGUUGCUGCUAACUGCCCUGGUGUGUGUGUGUGAGAGAGAGAGGAAGCAGAAAAGAGGUGGAGAGGGGGGAAAAUAAGAAAGAGAGAGGAGGAAAGGAAGGAAGGAAGAAGAGGGGAAGGGACAAUACAAUCAUGCUGUGCUGUAUGAGAAGAACAAAACAGGUUGAAAAAAAUGAUGAUGCUGACCAAAAGAUUGAACAAGAUGGCAUCAAACCAGAAGAUAAAGCUCAUAAGGCAGCCACCAAAAUUCAGGCCAGCUUUCGUGGACACAUAACAAGGAAAAAGCUCAAGGGGGAAAAGAAAGGGGAUGCCCGAGCUGCUGAGGCUGAUGCGAAUGAGAAGAAAGAUGAAGCUGCUGCUACCGCUGAUGCAGUGGAGAAAAAAGAGAGUGAAGCCCCUGCAGCUACAGAAGCUGCCCCAGUUGAUGGUCCUAAAGCAGAAGAGGCCAGCAAAGCUGGGGAGAGUACUUCAGAGGAGAAGGAGGCUGGUGCCCCGGCUGCUGCUUCAGAGCAGCCAGCCCCCAAGGCCACUGCCCCAUCAGAGGAGAAGCCGGUCUCCCCUGAAACAGAAAGUGCCACUAAAGCUUCCACUGACAACUCUCCGUCCUCCAAGGCUGAAGAUGCCCCUGCCAAGGAGGAGCCUAAACAAGCCGAUGUGCCUGCUGCUGUUCCCACUGCUGCUGCCACCACCCCUGCUGCAGAGGAUGCUGCUGUCAAGGCAACCGCCCCGCCUCCAACGGAGACAGCGGAAAGCAGCAAAGCUGAAGAGAAGACAGAAGCUGUAGAAGAAACCAAACCCAUGGAAAGUGCCCAGCAGGAAGAGGAGAAAGGAGAUGAGAGCAAGGCGGACCAAGAACAUGCCUGAACCUUAAAGAAAUGACUCCCUGCCUCCCUUUCCUCCCUCCUCCUGACCCAUGUCUCUCUGCACCUAAUUCCCUACCUUACUCCUGAGUCCCCCUUCCUAUCCUGCUCACAUCUGUGGGCCUGUCUACUCCCCCUACCCCCAACAACCCUCUUUCUCUCUGUGUGGCAAACAUUUAAAAAAAAAAAAGCAGGAAAGAUCCCAAGUCAAACAGUGUGGCUUAAACAUUUCUUUGUUUCUUGGUGUUGUUAUGGCGAGUUUUUUGGUAAUGAUGAUCCAAUCAUUUGGGAAAUUCUUGCACUGUAUCCAAGUUUUUUGAUCUGGUGCGUGUGGCCCUCUGGGAGUCCACACUCCCUCUCUCUCUGUUCAAAGUGUGUGUGCAAUGUUCCGUUCAUCUGAGGAGUUCAAACUAUCGAGUGAAUUCAAAAACGUUUUUCUUUUCCUCCUUUUCAAUGUGAUGGAAUGAACUAAAAAGGAAAAAAAUUAAAAACCCAGAUUGUUUAAAAAAAAAAUAAAGCAAAUGUGCCAAUUAGCGUAACUUGCGGCUCCAAGGCUCCUUUUUCAAUCUGAAUAUUAAUAAAUGAUGAGAGUAAUCAUAA